AUUAAGUCCAUGAUUGUUUAUUUUUUUCUGUUAUGUAUUUGAGAUCUGAUUAAGAAGCUCUGAUUAAGAAUAUGAUUCUUUAUAUUUUUCUUCCUAUAUUAGUUUGAGCUUUGAUUAAGAACCUAACAUAUCGUUUAUAUUUUUCUUCCUAUAUUUUUGAGCUUUGAUACUCUGGUGUACAUUGUGAAUCAUCAUAAAGAAAAAUAGAAGUCCAAAUCAGAGGCGAAAAUCACUCUGAAUCCCCCAUUUGACCUGAUGUUUUUUGUUUUCUGAAUUUCUAUUUGAUGAGCUGUAAAGUCUGAGGUAUGUGUAUUGGCUGAUUGUUUUACACUGGUUUGUUUCUUUAAUGUACAUUGGUGCAAUUGGAUUGAGGAUGACUACCAUUGGUGCAAUUGGACCUUGGAGCAAGGGGAAUAUCAACUAACUUCUUCUAAUGUUGGUAAAAAAGUUAUACGUCAAGGCGUUAUUUCUUUGUAAAGUAUUUAGAUGUAUCGCACACAGAUAAGUUAUUAUGAUUAUUGACUAAUUACGUUAAGUGAAACUCAUGUUUUUCAAAGUUGAUUGGAUAAUUGGGUACUUAAUUGUUCUAAUAAUCAUUGCAGGUUUAUACAUAUUAGUGCAAGGAACAUAUUCUCAUUUGCACACCUUGUUGUCAUCUUCCCCAAGUAUAUUAUUUAGCAUAUUCUUUACCGUUUCAAUAUUAAUUCUUCUCUUUUUUGGUUUAUAAGUAAAGCUUUAAUGGUAUGCCACUUGUGAUGUUGUGAUCUUCCUAUAUGUGAAACUUAAUUCUCGUUUAUUUUGUUGGGACUGCUACAUUUAGCUGUUACUGAAAUGUUGGAAUUGAUAUGAUUUUCUUCACACAUUGGAUAUUAUGGACUGAAUUUCUUGGUACUGCCUCUCUUCCAUUUGACCUGAUGUUAUUUUGGUUCAUGUUAGAAAUGUUAUCAUUAUCAUCAUCAACAUCAAUGUCUUCCUCUUUUGCUAAACAUACCUCAAGUCAAGCUCUGUGCUUCUGUGAGGUCAAACCCACAUUGAAGUACUCAACUACGGCAAAAAAUCCUGGACGAGCCUUCUUAGGGUGUCCAAACUAUAACACAGAGGGAUUACCAUUCUGCAAGUAUUUCAAAUGGGCAGAUAGUAAUCAAGUAAUUGAGCUCCAAAUCCGAGAAAGAAUUGAUGAGCUGCUACGGAAGGAGAGAGAUCUCGAGAAGAUAGUCGAGCUGCUAGAAAAGAGGGAAAUUGACCUUCGCAAGAUAGUGGAUCAGCUCGAGACGGAGUUGGUGUGUCAUGCACAACGUUCUGAAAGGAAGCGUUUAGUGUCAUGGUUGGGAAUGUAUUGGGCUACUGCAUUAGUACUCUAUUUUCUUUUUGGACGUUGGCUUUUGUUUUGAGUGAAAGUUAACUUUAUGUAUUUUGAUGAAUGGGAUUACCCGUUGUUGGCUGUUGCAAUAUUUUGGAAAAUGAAUGUUUGUAGGCUUUUGUACUCUAGACUUGGAAG